AAUUAUUGUCGAUUCAUUAAGGGAAUUAAAUGUCUUAGUUGAGAUUGGCGAGCUCAGGAAUAGAGAAUGUGUGAGGCUUAAGGAUGAGAAUACCGAGAUCCCUGAACUGAAGAAAAAGUUUGCUGAGCAUUUUUAA